ACCAACAACCACAACAGCCGCACCGACAACAACGACUGCAGAACUGACAACCACAGCUGCACUGACAACCACGACAGCUGUACCGACAACCACAACAGCCGCACCAACAACCAUGACAGCCGCACCGACAACCACGACAGCCGCACCGACAACCACGACAGCCGCACCGACAACCACGACUGCAGCUCCGACAACCACGACAGCCGCACCGACAACCACGACAGCCGCACCAACAACAACGACUGCAGAACCGACAACCACGACAGCCGCACCGACAACCAUGACAGCUGCACCAACAACUACAACUGCACCUCCUACAACCACCACGGCAUCGUCAACAACAACGACUGCGCCUCCAACAACCACGAUUGCAGCUCCAACAAGUACCACUGCACCUCCAUCAACCACAACUGCAGGUCCAACAACCACAACAGCCGCACCAACAACAACGACUGCAGGUCCAACAACCACCACUGCAGCUCCAACAACCACCACUGCCCUCCUACCACCUCCACCAUGGCUCCUCUGACAACAACCACCACUGCAACACCAACCACAACCACGGCUCCUACGAUAACAACUACCACUGCAACACCAACAACCACUACUGUUAAACAAACCACCAUCACCACCACUCCUCCAACAACAACCACCACUGCCCCAUCAACCACCAUCACAACAACAACUACAGCAGUGGCAGUAGUUCGUGCACCAGUUGUUGUCCUUUCAGCAGUUUUGGUUAGACCCUUUGUGCCUCAACUCGAAAAUAGAACCAGUCCAGAAUUUAAGGCACUUGCGGCAGACGUGGUGUUAGUGUAUGAAGUCAUCUAUAGAGCUCGAUAUGGUUUACUUUUCAGUCGUGUAAUUGUCAUAGCAUUUAGACAAGCUGGGACCAGAACACGGACAGAUCCUAGUACUGAAGCAGAAGUGGAGGUUGUGUUUAACAACACGAUAACACCUGCAGAAAUCCCAGAGGCUAAAGAUGUUCAACAAACCUUAGUCACAGCGGUGUCUAAUCCCAACAACACUUUCAAUCUCACUUUUGAUAAAGCAUCUGUCGUAGCAACCCAAGUAAACAUUUUUACAAAGCUGUUGCAGUUCACAUCUGUUGGAGAGACAUUUACAGCUGACUUGCUGAACUCAUCAUCUCAAGCAUUUAUAAAUAGAGCAUCACUGAUAGUGACAACACUUGAACCUAUCUACAAUAAAACAUUUUCUUCAUACCUCUCAAUGAACGUGGCUGGAUUCCGAAAUGGAUCCAUCAUCAGUAACAUUGACAUUCGGUUUGCAUCUACAUCAGCGCCAAAUAACACUGACAUUGCAAAUGUUUUGAUCAAUGCAGCUCCAAACAUAACAGCUUUCACCAUUACCAAUGUUGUUGGCAGUGACCCAGUGGCUUCAAUUACAACUGCGAGCACUACAACACCAGUGAUGACUGCAGCUACAAAUGCAACCACAGCAAAUAUUACAAACAUCACACCAGGAACAAAUACAACUACGUUGCUUACAACAGCUUCAACUACAACUGCGAAUACUACAGCACCAAUGAUGACUACACCUACAAAUGCAACCACAGCAAAUCUUACAAACACCACACAUUCAACACAUACAACUACAGUGUCUACAGCAGCUUCAACUACACCUGUGAACACUACAACACCAAUGAUCACUACCCCUACAAACUCAACCACAGCAAAUCUUACAAACACCACACCUGUAACAAAUACAACUACAGUGUCUACAACAGCUUCAACUACAGCUGUGAACGCAACUGCGAGCACUACAGCAUCAAAUGCAACCACAGCAAAUCUUACAAACAUCACACCAGGAACAAAUACAACUACAGUGUCUACAGCAGCUUCAACUACACCUGUGAACACUACAACACCAAUGAUCACUACCCCUACAAACUCAACCACAGCAAAUCUUACAAACACCACACCUGUAACAAAUACAACUACAGUGUCUACAACAGCUUCAACUACAGCUGUGAACGCAACUGCGAGCACUACAGCAUCAAAUGCAACCACAGCAAAUCUUACAAACAUCACACCAGGAACAAAUACAACUACAGUGUCUACAACAACUGGUUCAGCUGUGGCAACAACAACAACAUCAUCAACAACAGCACCAACGACAACAACAACAGCAGCAGUAGUGGCAGUAGUUCGCACACCAAUUGUUGUUGUUGCAGCAGUUUUGCUUCAACCCUUUGUGCCUGAACUCCAAGAUAAAAACAGUCCAGAAUUUAAGGCACUUGAGGAGCAAGUGGUAGUAGUGUAUGAAAUCAUCUAUAGACGUGAAUAUGGUUCACUUUUCAGCCGUGUAAUUGUCAUAGCAUUCAGAAAAGCUGGGACGAGAACACGAGCAUCUACUACUGGAAAUAAUAUUGAAGCAGAAGUGCAGGUUGUGUUUAACAGCACAAUAACACCUGCACAAAUCCCAGAGGCUAAAGAUGUUCAACAAACCUUAGUCAAUGCGGUGUCUAACCCCAACAACACUUUCAACCUCAGUAUUGAUAACACAUCCGUCAUAGCAACCCAAGUAAACAUUUUUACAAAGCUGUUGCAGUUCACAUCUGUUGGAGAGACAUUUACAGCUGACUUGCUGAACUCAUCAUCUCCAGCAUUUAGAAAUAGAUCAUCACUGAUAGUGACAACACUUGAACCUAUCUACAAUAAAACAUUUUCUUCAUACCUCUCAAUGAACGUGGCUGAAUUCCGAAAUGGAUCCAUCAUCACUGACAUCUAUAUUCGGUUUGCAUCUACAUCAGCGCCAAAUGACACUGACAUUGCAAAUGUUUUGAUCAAUGCAGCUCCAAACAUAACAGCCUUCAACAUUACCAAUGUUGUUGUCAGUGAUCCAGUUACAGUCACAAAUACAGCGACUCCUACUACCACUACUACUGCAGCAAAUACAACUGCAACGACUCCUACAACCACUACAGCUGUAACAACUACAACUGCUGAGCCAGUAAGAACACUGGCGGUUCAGUUCAGAUCUGUUAAUGGGAUAUUUACAACUGACUUGCUGACUUCAUCAUCCACAGCUUUUCAAAAACGAGCUUCACUGAUAAAGACAUCACUUGAACCUUUCUACCAGGCAAGAUUUCCUUCAUUCCGCUUCAUCAAUGUGACUGCAUUCAGUAAUGGCUCAAUUAUCAAUAACAUGGACAUUGGAUUUGCAUUGUCACUGGUCCCUAAUGCAAAUCAGAUUGCACAAGUUUUGAUCGAUGCAGCAAAGAUAACACCCUUCGACAUUGAAACCAGUUCCAUUCUUGUGGACGGCACACCGUCACAUGGAGUGAGCCACAAGAUCAGUCUCCUCACUGCAUCCUGUAUGUUGUUGCUGUCAUGGUUCCUGUCAGGCCAGCAAUAACAUCUGAGCUGAUGUUCUUGUGAAAUAACUUGAGGAAAUGUCUCCUGUGACUGGGUAUAAAGAAGACUUUAUUCCAACUGAAAAUCCAUGAGGAGCUUCUGAUGAAGAGGAAUCAUACUGUGAUUUAAACUAAAAUUGAAAUGAACCUGUGUUAUUAAUUACUAAUUAAUCAUUAAUUAAUUAAUUAUAUGUUAUGUAUUCUAUUAUUGUAUUUAUUCUGUUUGUAUUGUAUUGGAUAAUUAUGGCAAAAAAUAUUAGUCUAAGUGAUCCUGAUACAAACAUUUAAAAUUAUUUAAAGAACUAUCCUUAUUAUCGCCAAACAAUAAUUCUCUUAUUUUUUAAAGCAUACUACUUUAAUUAGCAAUUCUCAGGAAAAUUGAUUAGAGAAUACUAUGGCACUUCUUAAGGUUCCUUCAUAGAUUUUUGAUCCACAUAAAACAAAAUCUAAUUCUAAUAAUUAUCUUUUAGGUUUAGGUUCACACAUUACAUUGGAACUGGUUAGUUUAUGGUGAAAUAAGAUUGAAUUCAGUCUAAAAAACAACCUCUACAUGUCUUAUUUUUUUAACCAACAUACUGUCUUUUCGGUAUAUUCAGUGAGUUCAGUGAGGUUGUGACUAAGUGAGAUGUUAUUUUCACAGCUGUAUUAGACCUAUAUAUAGUUUAAAACAAACAUUGAUGUUGGGCUGAGUUUGAAUCAAAUUACAAAUUAUCAACAAACACAGCUGAAUUUUCAUCUGAAUUUUCUCACAAUAUCUCCAGGGCUCAAACACUAAGGUGGCACUAAACACUCAAAUUUCAUUUUUUAUAAAACAACAUCAGCAUGGGACAAGGACAUACAGCAAGGAAGGAAAACGGAAAACACACACAUAUAUACAAAAAUGUGAACCUGUGCAUACAUGGAUGCAAAACUAUACACUCACACAAUUAUAUACAGACACGCAUGCAUACAGGAGAAAGUAAAAUGGAAUGAAUGAAUGGAUGGAUAUAAAUCUCUUGUGUAUUGUUACAUAACUAUUUACUGUAAAUCAAAUUAAGUAAUUAAAAGCCAAUAUUAGUAAAAAGCAGGGAGAUUGUGAUUGCCCAUCAUUAUUUUUAUUAGACUGGUUUACCAGCUCUGAGUUACCCCCAAACCUCAUCUGAGGGAGCCGACUCAGAGCAUGAUCAUAAUGAAAAACAGCCUUCAGACGAUGGGAAGGGGGGCUGUUUAUUUGUUGUAUGUGAUUGACAUAAUUAAAUAAUAACUAAUUAGUAA